AUGGAUGAGAUCUCGUGGGAGGUUCGAGCAGCAGCCAAACGCGCCGCCACUCUAGACAAGAUACCUUCAGAAUGGAGAGUAUCGUCGGAGGACCUUAAACGAGCUCAAGAUCAACGUGACAUCACAAAAUCUUUUAUUGAGCACUUCCUCGACGAAGAAACAGUUUCUAUCACGUCAUUAAAGACUGUUAAGAUUUUAAAUGCUGUAUCCGAACAAGAACUCACAGCGACUAAAGUUGUGAGGGCAUUUUGUCAACGAGCGGCAGUUGCUCAUCAGAUCAAUAAUUGUCUUCACGAAAUCUUCUUUGAUCAAGCACUCGAACGCGCCCAGUUCCUGGACGAUUACUUCACCAAACAUGGAAAGACGCUCGGACCACUUCAUGGUCUGCCUGUCAGUCUUAAAGACCAAUUCCACGUCAAAGGCGUCGAUACAACAAUGGGUUACGUUGGCUGGAUAGACGGUAACCUGGGCGUUGAUCCUAACAAGACUCACACGGUAGAAAGCCAGGUCGUCACCGAGCUACUCUCCCUCGGAGCAGUGCUAUACUGCAAAACAAGUCUUCCCCAAACGCUGCUCUUCGGUGAGACAAAGAACAACAUCAUCGGCCAGACAUUAAACCCGAUUAACCAGAACUUGUCAUGUGGCGGUUCUUCUGGAGGCGAAGCAGCGCUUAUGGCACUGGGCGGAAGUUCAGUUGGCGUUGGUACAGACAUAGGCGGAUCAUUACGAAUACCAGCUGGUUUUUGUGGAAUAUUCUCGAUAAAGCCGACGUCAAAUCGACUCAGUUAUCGUGAUGUGGCGAAUACGAAUCCAGGACAGGACACAUAUCGGUCUACGGUUGGAUUUAUGGGGACGUCGAUCGAUGCGCUGGAGGUAGUGUUUAAGGCUGUUCUUGGAACGGAGCCUUGGAUGAAAGACCCAGCUGUUAUACCGAUUCCGUUUCGGAAAGAGGUCAUGGAGUCGUAUCGGAGACGGGCGGAUGAGAAAGGGAAUGCCAAGUUUGGUGAGAGGCCACUGAAGCUGGGGGUGCUUUGGAAUGAUGGGAUGGUUGGACUACAUCCACCUGUUCUUCGUGGCCUGAAGGUAGUUGUUGAAGCGCUGAAGAGAGCUGGGCACAAGGGAGGAUUUCUCAGCGCCGAUGGAGCGCACGACAUCCACCAACACCUCAAACGCUCCGGCGAACCUCUAAUCCCUGAUUUGCAAGACGGCCUCAAUCUGAAAACCCCGACGGAGUUACUCAAGUAUCAGGAUCUCACUAUCCAAGGGCUCGAGUACGAGCGGCAGUAUUCCGAUUACUGGAACUCCACCGCCGACUCAGAUGGCCAAAUAGUAGAGGUUGUCCUCAUGCCUGUAGCGCCUCAUGCAGCAGUGAUACCUGGAAAGUUCUACCACGGAGCGUAUACUGAUGCGAUGAACUUGACCAAUUACACGGCCGUUGUUAUUCCCACCACCAGAGCGGAUAAGAGGAUUGAUGUUUUCAAUGAGGGGUAUGAACCGCUGGGUGAGCUGGAUAGAAAGAAUUGGCAAGCUUACGACGCAGAUGUAUAUGACGGAGCUCCAGUAGGCGUCCAAAUCGUAGGGCGAAAGUUUGAAGAGGAGAAAUGCCUAGCCAUAGCCCGAAUAGUCCAUGCCGUCGUCCAAAGCGCAAUCAAAACAGGGUAG